AUUUUUUGGCGGUUGCUUUUCUUUCUCUCUCUAAAUUUUUUGGCACUUGCUUUUACUUCUCUCUCUAAAUUUUUUUCUGCCACUCCCUUAUAUUUAUCAAUCCGAAUUUUAGCUUUCUCCAAAUUUUGCUUUGCUUCGUUAUCUCUCUCUAAAAUUGGCCCUUUUCCUCUCCGAAUAACUGCUUGCUGUUGUUUUCUGAAACAAACCUUUCGAUUCCCUCUUUCUCUCUCUAACAAUCCCCUCUCUCUCUCUCUCUAUCUGUCUCUUAUUAACAUUCCGAUUUCUGAGCAUCAAAGUACGAUUGCUUGCUGAUACGGAUUCAUAUCUCUCUCUUCUUACAGUACCGGUAAGUUCUUCUUUCAUUCUCUCUCUAACUUCAAUAUUCUUUUACUCAUUCUUUCUCUCUCUCUUGAAGCAGUGGGUUGCCCCCUGCUCUGUAAUAUUAGAGCUGGGGUUGGGGAUUUUGGUUUUUGUAGUGAUUUAUGAGGUGAAAUUGCUAUGGAGACAUUGGUUUACGGGGUGGGGAGUGUUUUCACUGAUAGCUCAAGAUUAUCCUUCUCCGUUGAUCUUGUGUUCUCUCUCUGCUUCCGAAUUGUUCAGAGGCUUGAUGGGGUUUUCUCCCUCUAGAAUCCCCAGAAUCGACUUGCUUGAUUAGGGUUUUGGGGUUUAGGGCUUCGGGUUCUAGGAAUUUGCACGGCAAGAUGGUGAUGGAAUCAUGGCUGAAUAGGGUUGGGAACCAUGUAACCAAUGCUUUUAGAACUCAAUGGAAGAAGAAAUCAAGUCAUGAAAGAGUGGUUAUUGGGGUUUUAGGUUUCGAGAUCGCGAGCUUGAUGUCGAAAGUGGUUCAUCUAUGGCAGUCGCUCAGCGAUAAACAGGUUAUCAGGCUUCGGAAUGAGGUCAUAAACCUCGAUGGUGUCAGGAAACUGGUCUCAGAUGACGAGGAUUUCCUUUUAGGGUUGGCUUGUGCUGAAAUUCUCGAUAAUUUGGCUUUCAUUGCAAGAUCGGUUGUUAGGCUCGGAAAGAAGUGCUCGGAUUCGGCUUUACAAGGGUUUGAACACUUAUUUGAGGAAUUUGUUAAGAAUGGGACUGAUUCUUGCAACUGGGAAUUCAAUCUCAAGAAGAUAGAGAGGAAGAUCAAGAAAAUGGAGAGGCUAAUUUCUCUCACCUCCAAUCUCUAUCAAGAGCUUGAAGUGCUUUCGGAGCUCGAACAGACUCUGCGAAGAAUGCAAUCCAGCAAUGAUCCGAACAAGGGCAAUGUCUAUGAGUUUCAACAAAAAGUGGUUUGGCAAAGGCAGGAGAUUAAGCAUCUCCGAGAUGUUUCACUUUGGAAUCGGGGGUAUGAGUCCACGACCCGACUUCUUGUGAGAUCAGUAUUCACCAUAUUCGGAAGAAUCAAGAGAGUUUUUGGACUCUGGGCACCUCAGCUAGGGUUUGCAGGAAGAAUCAAUGAGUCGAGUAUUCGUGAUUCUUUGCCUCGAAGCAUGUCUGUUUCUGCUUAUUUCGCAACCCCGCCUUAUCAAUCUGAUCCCCACUUGCCUAGGUUUUCUUCAGGUCCUCUUGGUAAGUCGAUAAUGAGAUCGGGUCCAGUUAAUGUAGGCAGGGAGAUUCAUGCACAGUUCAUGAACGGUGGGAAGCAUUUACCCCGCAAGUUCUCUGGACCAAUGAAGCCUUUUAAAGGGUGGGUUAAUAUGGGGAACAGUUCUCCAAUGUUGGAAAGCUCUCCAAACCUCAACAGUGUGAGCGAAAUGCCUAACGGAGAUAUAAAGAAAGAACCCAACUUGGGUUUUGUCUCAAAUUGUGGAUGGUUUAGCAAGCCUGGUCUUUUGAGCUCAAAAUCAAAGCUUUUGAAUCCACCUCCUUCAACACUUGGAGCAGCCGCUCUGUCUCUUCACUAUGCAAAUGUCAUAAUUGUGAUCGAGAAAUUGGUCUCCUCUCCCCAUUUGAUUGGCCCCGAUGCAAGAGAUGAUCUCUACAAUAUGUUACCAUCGAGUAUAAGGUCAGCUUUAAGGGUCAGGUUAAAAUCAUAUGCUAAGAAUUUGGCUUCUUCAGUUUAUGACCCUGGUCUUGCAUCAGAGUGGAGCGGGGCCUUGUCAAAAAUAUUGGAUUUGUUGGGACCAUUGGCUCAUAACAUGAUAAGGUGGCAUUCAGAGCGGAAUUUCGGGCAACAGCACUUGGUUUCCAAGACAAACGUUCUUUUGCUACAAACUCUUUAUUUUGCAAACCAUGCUAAGACUGAUUCAGAAAUUACCGAGCUCCUCGUGGGUCUCAACUACUUGUGGAGAUUUGAGAGGGAGCUCAAUGCAAAGGCCCUGUUGGAAUGCAUGAGUAGCAAUGGCUUUGACGAGUGCUUGGACCCAAAGGCCAAUAAUGGUUAUAACGAGUGUUUUGAGUGAAAGGAAUGAACUAUUUUACCCGUCGAUUUCUUGCAAGCUUCGAUUGGAAAUGGAAACUCUCAAAUCCCAACACAUGGUUGUUGAUGGCAAAGUAACAACCAAUCUCCAAUCUAUACACGAGACAGACUGAGGCUUGGUCAAAGGUCUCACUUUCUCUGGUUUUCGUAUCUGAUAGUAUUUUCCUCAGGUUUAUGAUAUUGAGAGCCAACCCCAAGUGAAGGGCCUUCUAGUGGAUCCCAAGAUGUGAUACACUGAAGGCACAUGACAUUGUAGUACUCAAGGUAUGGACAUGUCGCUUGGCAUAUUUCCUGAAAAAACAAACUGCUUUCGCUUUAUAAUGGGGUAUUUGGAUGAGCAAAGUUUGCCAGGGUUUCUCGCCAUUGUGACUACCUUGGCUCUUACAGAAGGUUUGUGUUUGUUGUAUAUUUUACGCGAUAGAAAUUACAGUACAAUGGUAUAAAUUUGACAAAUAUCAUUGCUUUAAG